AUACGAGGCUUAAGAAUGACCGACAAGGUUUUAAGAAGUGUUGCGCUCUGGAGAAAGGGAUGGACUGAAAUCCCUGUUGUAAUGGUUUCUGGUGUGCUCACAUUUGCAUCAGUUGUAAUAGCAGGUGUAACUGUGUAUAAAGAAAGAUCUAGGACACCAGAAGAGAAGAAACAGGUUCUGUUCAAGACCUACAAAAUCACUCGAAAGGAACCCACCAAUAACAACCCUCUAGUAGUAGCCUAACUUUGACCGUAAAAUAAUCAUUUUCAGAUUGAUCUAUUUAUCAAGACGAAAUUGGUAAUUUUGUUAUUUGUGAGAAGUUUUUGUUUAAGAGUUUAUUAGAUUGUUUAUAAAUUAACACAAUGUGGCCCAUUAUUAUGGCCUUUGCCAGGUCAUAUGCUGUGUAUAUAGCCUGGCCAGUUGCUGCAGUUGUAGGUUUUGUUGGCUAUAAUUUUGAAAGUGUUAUACGUAAAGAUAAGAAUACACCAUGGAAAGUAAAAAGUAUACAAGAAGAAAGAGAUGAAAGAAUAUUAAAAGAUGUCUCAAAUAAAGACUGUACUGAAGUUGACAGUUUGAAAGAAAAAAGAUUUGUUCCAAAGACAAUUUUAGGUAGAAAUGACAGCUAACUUGCAAAAAUUUUAAAAUGUGGCCAUUAAUAAAUUUUAAACACUGAUUUUGGUUUUUGUAUUCAUUUCUAUUGUAUCUUUUGGUUUAUGAUAGAUAUUUGUCACAAACAGUAACGGUAUAUAUUUUGUCUAUGUACAAAUAUAGAAUGCAAGAUUUUUUGAGAAAUGCGGCCU